CUUUUUCUUCGUCAUGUCGUCCAGUCCAGUCCCCGUCGGGCCAGCCAGAAGCUCCUCGGCAGUCACUCUGUCUCUCGCGUCUGUGAGAUGAGAAUAUGCUAAUAGUGUCAACGGAGGCCCACUUCCUCCUUCUCGACUCUUUCUCCACCCCCCAUCUCUCUUACCUCAUGACUGCCCGUACACUUCUUCUCAUGCCGUACCACCCGCCCUCUUACUGACCCAAUUUUCCCUCCCAACCGCUCCCACCCACCACUCUAGUCCACCAUGACCUCCAUGGACGCCCAAGUCGUCCCAGAUACCACCCCAAAGCCGGAGCGUAGAGCCUCUGCGCCCGUCAAGCGAAGAGUCAGUCGCGCCUGCGACCACUGCCACCGCAUGCGAACCAGAUGCAACGGCCAGGUGCCCUGCUCUCGAUGUAUCGAACUCGAAUAUGUUUGCCAAUAUAACCGAGAAAAGAAGCGAAGAGGAAAGGUACCUCGCCACAUCCAGAAGCAGCGCGAGGAGGAAGCUGCCCAACAUGGCCACCACCCGCAAUCCGCUCCUCACCCUCCGCAACAUGGCCUCACCGUCCACACUGGCGGCCAAUUCGAAAAUAUGCAUGAAAUGGACGACGAUCUGUGGUCCCCGUCCGAACCAACCCCCAUUGCCCAGCAUUUCCCAGAUGCCAAAACACCUGUGCAUCCCGUCACAUCGCCUGGCUGGCAAGUCCCGACCUCCGCCUCAUUCAACCCUCCGGUGGGCCAUAUGAUGAUCGAUCCUUUGCUGCUAGGCGCCGGAGAAGGCUACGCGCAACCCAUCCCAACCCCAAUCGUGCGAAACGAGCAACUCAUGUAUGCCAUGAAUGAUCUACAUCUGGUCCAAGAUCAAAACACUCCGGUUUCGGUCCCUCCCGAGUACUCCAACAUGGGCUUCCAAAUACAGUUCGCUCCCGUCCGACAAGCUUCGCCCCACAGUUACGGCUCCAACGACACCGGCUCGCCACAGUCGGGAGUCAGCGCCACCUCUUCCCACCCAGGAACUCUGCCGUGCAAGUACCCGGUCCUCAAGCCACUGAUUCCUCAUUUGGGCUCCAUCAUGACCGUUCCCAUGGCCUGCGAUCUCCUCGAGUACUACUUCCAAAGCUCUUCGUCCGUUUUCAUGGAGCCCGUUUCACCGUACAUUCUCGGAACCGUCUUCCGCUCGAGAUCUUUCCUGCGUCAGCAUAAACCACGGAAAUGCAGCCCUGCCCUGUUGGCUAGCAUGCUCUGGAUAGCUGCACAGACCUGCGAAGCCAGCUAUCUGACUUCGUCACCAUCUGCGAGGGGCAGUUUUUGUCAGAAGUUAUGGAAACUCACGGUGGAGCUGCUGAGGCCUCUGGUUCACUCGCCAUCCUCCCAUGGUUUUACUCAAGAAUCGGCAACCGUAGCCAAUCCUGCUUCACACGAUGCGCUGGGUGUAGAUCGAGUCAUGGGUCAAUUCGAUACCCGCAUGGAAUCUGGAAUGCCCCCUACGAGUACCAUCGACGAUGUGGCGACGUACGUCAAUAUGGGUGUGGUGACAUCGGCAAGCGAAUAUAAGGCGGCGAGUCUCCGGUGGUGGAACGCGGCGUGGAGUCUUGCAAGAGAAUUGAAGCUAGGAAGAGAGCUGCCACAGGAUCAUGCGCGAGAUCGAGAGUCGAAUGGGAUGGACACUGACGCUGAUGUGGGAUUAUCGGACUGCUCGACUUCAGGAGCACAUAUCCCGGCGGGCACGCCAACCGCUGCUCUUGUCGAGGAAACGAAAGAAGAGCGGCGCAGAUUGUGGUGGCUUCUCUACAUGAUUGACAGGCAUCUCGGACUCUGCUACAACCGACCGCUAGCUAUGCUGGAUAACGAAUGCGAGGAUCUAUAUCAACCCGUGCCAGACACUCUGUGGCAAGCGGGUGAGUUCUACACUGGCAACUCUGGUCAGAAGAGGAAGGGACUGUCUUUCCAAUGCGUUUCGCACGAUGUUUUCGGCUUUUUCCUUCCGCUGAUGACCAUCUUGGGCGACAUUGUCGAUCUACAAGCCCAGAAGUCUCAUCCACGGUUCGGUCAACGCACAUCGUGGGAUAACUACGAGGCCGAGAUUGCUCGCCAACUGGAACGAUACGCGUACAGCCUCGAGGAAUUCAAAGCACAGCAUGGAUAUGGGGCAGAACAUCCCAAUGGUACACCGGACACGCUUCGCAACGAAUUGAUGCACCAGACACGAAAGGUCGUCGCAUACGCAACGCACAUUAUGCACGUACUACACAUUCUACUUCACGGCAAAUGGGACCCUGUGGCGUUGUUGGAAGACGACAAUAUGUGGAUUUGCUCGCAAUCCUUCUUGGCAGCAACGUCGAGCGCCAUUUCCGCUGCCCAGGCCAUAGAGGAGAUUCUGGAGUUGGACCCGGAUCUCUCGUUUAUGCCGUACUUCUUCGGAAUGUAUCUUCUCCAGGGAAGUCUGAUUCUUCUGCUUCUUGCCGAUAAGUUGUCCACCGAAACCAAUGACGGCGUGAUCCGAGCGUGCGAAACCAUUGUACGAGCGCACGAGGCAGCUGUAGUCACUCUCAACACAGAAUAUCAGAGGAACUUCCGAAAAGUAAUGAUCUCCACCCUCGCUCAAAUCAAAGGCCACGGUCACUCCCGGGAGAUGACACCCGCAAAACGGCGAGAGGUACUGUCUCUGUAUCGCUGGACGACGCUGGGCAACGGAUUGGCCAUUUGA